AUGGAAUAUGCGAGCAGAGACAACCUGUUCGAUCACCUGGAGCAGUGCAGCCGCAAAACUGAGCACGAAGCCAGGCCCAUGUUCAGGCAAAUGAUUUCAGCCCUUCACUACUGUCAUCGAAAAAACAUCGUUCAUCGUGAUUUGAAGCCAGAAAACAUCCUUCUAGACGACAACCUCAAUAUAAAGGUGGCGGACUUUGGUUUGAGCAGAGACUUUACUAAUUAUAAACUGACAACUGUCUGUGGCACCUUCGCCUACAUGGCGCCGGAGAUUUUAGAGCGUCAGGUGUACGAUGGCCCCAAGGCAGAUGUCUGGAGUCUGGGGGUCAUCCUCUACCGCAUGCUGACGGGGGAUGAGCUGUUUGUGGAGGACAGCGAGGCAAAAGUGCUAAAAGAAAUACACAGUAAAAAGCUGCAUCCACCAGAUUUUACAUCAGUGGAAGUUCAAGACCUGUUAUGA